AUGGCUUUGACGACAAUGAGUAGACUUUGUUAUUCUCAGGAUAUAAGAAGGGAAUCCAUAACCCUUCCCGAGGAUGUUCCGCCCACGGAGAAGACCACUGAGUCGGAAGCUGCGCCUGUUGUCUCGGAAGGAGAGACCAAACCGGAAGACCCGCCCUCCGAGAGUGGGAUCGGCGAGGAAAUUUCCCCCGAUGCCGAGGACAAAGGGUCUGUGAAAGGUGGUACACCUGCGUCGUCGCCGACAGCGAAGCGAAAGGAGCCAUCUGAGAUUGAGGAGAAAAACGCUGACGACGAUGAUGCUGGAGGACUCGACGUCCGCCAAGACGUCGAGCGAGUCGCCGCACAAGCGCAGCGACGCCGACGACACCGAGGACGCCACCAGCGCCGCCACGGCCGCGCAGGAGGAGCUGGAGGACGACGACGUCGCCGACGAGGUGGA